GGCAGGGCCUUUAUCUUUUGGAUCCAAUGGACACAGUAGUCAGUACACAACGUCAGAUCGGUUGAAUCAGGACCUCCACUUCUCAGGCUGGUUGGCGGAUCAUGGGACUCAUAUAUCUAUUUAGUUUGUUUUUUCUGCUUCAUGGCAGUUUAUUGCACGGAGCAGAAGGAAGCUCUUCUCAUGAGAAGGCCUUUCAACCAUGGGAAACAAAGCGAAAGGAAUCAGCUGGGUUUCACGUCUAUUGCUACAGUGGCUUCAAAGAAUGGCAAGUGCUCAAAUUUCUCAGUAGUGUCACAAUUAUGUUCACUCCUCUGGAUGCCGAUGAAACACUGCUCCUUUACAUUGGGAAUAAUUCAUCAGCCGUAGAGGGUGCCAGAGAGUCUGCAGGUAUCUUGAAGAGGUUGCAGUAUUUCUCCCCAUGGUCAUCAAUUAAGCAAAGGCUUUCACCUUUCAAAGAUACAUGUGUAGGGGUUGAAACAUCAGGAGGAUUUGAGAUUGUGACCAAUCAGAGAAAUAUUGAUGUUCUGUAUAUGGGUUUAUUGUUGCUUGGUCUUACACUUUUCCUCAUAUCACCAGCCCUUAGUAGGAACUACAUCUUUCACUAUUCAUCUGGAGUCACCAUAGGAGUUUUGGCAUCUCUUCUCAUUCUCAUCUAUGUGUUCAGCAAGUUUGUCCCAAAGAAAUCUGGUGCCCUGUCUAUCUUGAUAGGAGGAUGGGCAUUGGUUGGAUUCUUCAUGAGAUGGAUAGUGGACAAUUUUCUAUCAGUCCAGUACAAAGGCUACAUCAUUGGCUAUAUAAUCCUGGCCUCAAUGAUCAGCUUUGCUGUCUGCUACCGCUAUGGUCCAGUCACUGACAAGCGCACUGAGAAUCUCUUACAAUGGGGCUUACAGCUUAUUGGACUAACAUGCAUCUACAACUGUUCUCAGUUAGAAGGUGCUUCUAUAGCUAUCAUCACAAUUUUAUUGGUGUAUUCAUGGAUACCUCAAGGAUCUAUUGGAGCAUUAAAGAGUAUAAAUAUCUGGACACGUCCAUACAAACCUAGGCUUCUGACUGUUGAGGAGUUUGAGGAACAGGGAAGGGAAGAAACAAGAAAUGCUCUGGAGGAAUUGAGGCAGUACUGUAGCAGUCCUAAAUGCAAUGCCUGGAAGGAGGUGACGAGAUUGGAAUCUCCAAAAAGGUGUGCUUCAUCUUCUUUCAGGUUUGCUGAGUUUGUAUCAGGCGAGGGCCAUGUCAGUCAAGAUGAACUUGAUCUGUAUGCAUCAGAUAUUACAUUGAUAUCAGAAGAUGAUAUACUGACCAGUGAUAGCAGUAGUGCUAUCAGUUCAGAUGAAGAGGAUUCCAGGUGACCUAAGAGCACUCUAGAACAUUGAAAUGAGAGAAGUCGUCAGCAUCGCUUCAGAAGAUGUUAUGACCAACUGGAACAGUGCAGUUUUCAAUGAUUUUAAACAGCCAUAGAUCAGUACUGUGUUGGGAAUACAUUGGACAUUAUACCAAGGAUAGACUUUAAACCCUUACAAGGCUGGGCAUUUUUUGGCUGUUUUAUUGUCGAGGGUGGAUUCUAAGAUCUCGGUUGCCAAUCGUGCGAGUGCCACAAACAUUCUUUGCACAAUGGUAGUGUUAGGAUGUCAAGUCAAGGUGACUGGGUAUUCUCAAAGAUGCUUAAAACAAAAAACUCAAUGGGUCAAUCAAUGUCGUCAUAUUAAGGAGGUAUUACUGUUGGGGAAAACGGUAAACAAAUAUGUACGGCCGCUAGAGGAGGUGGUUGGAACUACGAUUCCUACAGUGAUACAACAGCAUUCACAUCACUAUGAAGGCUGCAUACUAAAAUGUUCCAUAUUUGCAAAAAGGUGUGUUAGCAAAGACAAUUGAUCCUUGCAACAUUUAAACAGCGUUAUUUUCUGUAGGUAUUUGUGUUGGAUUUAUUGAUUGAUGGACUUUGGUUAAGAUACAAACUCAAAUUUCUGUAAACACCAAGAAAUAAUGAUAAAUGCUAUUUAUUAGGUGCCAUAUCCAUCUCUUUAGAGAUGCUCAAGGUGCACAAUGAAAUCUAUCACUCGUGUGCAGGACAUGAUAGGUUUUUGAUGGUUAGAUUUUUUUUCAUUAUUAUUUAUUCAGUUAUUUGUUUUAUUUUUUCUUUGUUUAAAUUUUUUGUUUUCAAUUUGUUUAUUAUCAGUCUAUUUAUUUUUAUUUAAGGGGGGGUAGGGUUGUCCAUCUGUCUCAUUUUCUUUUUGAUAACUAUAGAACCAUUUGACAGAUCAACUUUAAACUUGGUCCAGGUUUGCAUGAGUGAUAAUGAUCUUGGAUGGUAUACUGAAAAUUCUCUGAACUUUUUUUUAUAAAUAUUCUCACAACUCAGCAAUUAUGUUGCAUAUUUUAUCUCUGACACGGCCAAUAUUUUAUGAACCAAUCAUUAAAGGUUUUAUAUGCUUAGGUAAACUAAUAGAAUCAUCUCUUCGGAAAAAAACCCCCAAAAAUGUGGAUGUUUUCCCAGUCUUACUUUCUUUGAAAAGAUUUACUUGAAUGAGAUCUUUUAAAUUGCUGAUAAGUCUGCCAAUCCAUCUCUAUGGUUUUAGGAAUGUCUCAUUUAUGAAGCGAGAUAUUCUGGUGGAAUCCAGCAAGAAAUUAUUGACCAAUAAACAUUGCAUGCAACAUCGAGUUACAAAAGCCCCCUACCUGUUGUAAAUUUUAUUGUUUUUUCCAAGGAAGUUAACUUAAUAAAAAUAUUAACAUUUUCAGAAAACCUUUUAUCUCAAUAUGUUAUCUUGUACAUAGUAUUUAUGUGCCAAUUUUAAGCUUUAUGCAUAUUUUAGCUCUGACACCAUGCACGUUCAGUGAAAGUUACAAGAGAAUUUUCAUAAUACAGAUUUUAUUGUAACUCUAAAGAUACACAAAAAUUUGUCUUAAGACAAUUUUCAGUUGAGAAUAUGGCCGUGGAUUAGUUUUGAGGAUAUAAACUUCAAAGGUCAAAGAAGCCAAUGUGAGGUCAUGCAGUCCAAGUAUAUUAUUCAGGAUGCAAGUUAUCGGUAUUACAGUUUUUUUUAAUUAUUAAUGAUGUAAUUUUUUGUGUUGCAAAUGUUUUUCAUCAUGAGUCUUUCAAAGAUGACUUUUUUAAUAAAUAAAUUUUGUAAAAUCUUUA